CAUCCGCUUUCUCACAGGCCUCAUCUCUCUCCCUCUCUCUGCUAAUUUGAGCUCUCAUUCACUCUCUCUGAAACCUUCAAGUCAAAAACCAAGUUGCCCAGGUUGCUCCACCAUGUUCUUCCCUUAAAACCUCCUACUCUCCCUCUAAAGUCAGACCCACCCAGAACCCAUAAUGCCCUUAAGUCUCUCACCGAACUCUCUCCAUCCCUCCACAUUGGCAUUUGCUCAAAUUUUUUCACAAAACUCCAACCUUACACAGCCAUGGCUUCCACACGUGCUUCUUCGGAAGCGACCCAUGCCCCGAAUUUCCUGCGUUUCGACCCGACCCAAAAGAAAACCGGGAACGAAGACCGAGGACCCGGAUGUCCGUGAGGUGGUUCGUAUGCUCAUGAGGAGCUUCAGUGACAAACAGCCCUUGUUGAAGACACUCAACAAGUACGUUAGGAUUGUUAGAACUGAGCAUUGCUUUCUGCUUUUUGAAGAGCUUGGGAAGAGUGACGAGUGGCUUCAGUGCUUAGAGGUAUUCAGAUGGAUGCAAAAGCAGCGCUGGUAUGUUGCUGAUAAUGGUGUCUAUUCGAAACUGAUUUCGGUUAUGGGAAAGAAAGGCCAAACUCGGAUGGCCAUGUGGCUCUUCUCUGAGAUGCGUAAUAGUGGGUGUCGGCCUGAUACUUCUGUUUACAAUGCACUCAUCUCAGCCCACCUGAACAGCAAGGACAAAGCAAAGGCUUUGGACAAAGCUCUCAGAUACUUUGACAAGAUGAAGGGGAUGGAACGGUGCCAACCCAACAUUGUGACAUAUAAUAUUCUUUUGAGAGCUUUUGCACAAUCUCGAAAUGUAGAGAAAGUUAACUCUUUGUUUAAGGAUCUUGAUGAGAGCAUUGCUUCCGCUGACAUCUACACGUAUAAUGGUGUAAUGGAUGCAUAUGGGAAAAAUGGGAAUAUCAGAGAAAUGGAAUCUGUUCUUUCUCGCAUGAAAAGUAAUCAGUGCAAGCCUGACAUCAUCACCUUCAAUUUGCUGAUUGAUUCAUAUGGGAAGAAACAACAAUUUGAUAAGAUGGAACAGGUAUUUAAGAGCUUAGUUCGUUCCAAGGAGAAACCAACACUUCCUACAUUUAAUUCAAUGAUCAUAAAUUACGGGAAGGCAAGGCUUAAGGAGAAAGCAGAAGAUGUGUUCAAGAAGAUGAUUGACAUGAAAUACACACCGAGCUUCAUAACCUAUGAGAGUCUUAUCAUGAUGUAUGGGUUCUGUGAUAGUGUUUCAAAAGCUAGGGAGGUAUUUGACAGGUUGGCUGACUCUGGAAAGGAGCUAAAAGUGUCAACGCUUAAUGCGAUGCUUGAUGUCUACUGCAUGAAUGGUUUGCCCGUGGAAGCUGAUAAGCUUUUUGUGAACGGAAAUAGUAUUGGGGUGCGCCCAAAUGUAUCAACAUAUAAACUUCUUUAUAAGGCGUACACUAAAGCCAACAUGAAGGAGCUUCUAGAGAAACUGCUGAAGUGCAUGGACAAAGAUGGUAUUGUCCCUAAUAAGAGGUUCUUUCUAGAGGCUCUGGGAGCAUUUUUCUCUUCAGCAGGGAGUCCAGGGUCCGUGACUGCGACCACUGGUUUGAGCAGGCCACAGGAUGGAACAAAAACUUAGGUAGAUAUGGUUAAUAACUUGGUUUGCAUAUUCUUCUGAUUUUUCUUCUGUUAGACUCAGGUUCCAAGCAAAGUUAGAAUAUAAACAGAGUUUCUGUUUCCAGCAUCAGAUAACUGUGGCACGCGGAAUUACAUAUUUAUAUAGUAAGUGGUUUUUCUAUGAUUUAGUCUUUUUAACACCAUUCGUUUUUGCCUAUGGUAAACUUUUAAUUUGUAUCUACAAUAUGUUUGUUUGUGGGGUUUUAUUUAUUUAUUGCUUUAUGUCUUCAGUUAUAUUAAGUUUCUUAUUUGCAGAGAUUCCCUGUUGUCAUCUUAAUUGACCCUUGUAAUUCUUUCGUUUCGGUUUAAAGUAGAUAUCUUACUGAAAUCCCAGACUAUUUCACUAAUCAAUACUGCAUGUGAUCAGAACCCUAAAAGUACAUAAAUGAUUUUUUCUUUUGGUUGAAAAAAUCUGGUUAUUGGUGGAAAAAACGAGAUUUAGAAAAACCUAGAGUGUUAAGGACAAUGUUAUUGAUGAAGUUCAUCUUUCACAAUCAGAGCUGACAAUAGAACAGUUGUGCAGGAAAGAAAUUCAAAAUCAAAAGAAGGGAAAGGAAAUUAAAAUGUCAUGAUGGAUUCAAUUCAGAAUUACUUAGUAGAAGGUCAAGGUCUAGAAAUUACCAAGGAUGCAGGUUAGAGAAUGGCUGUGCUUAUAAUGAAAAGCCCUAGCCACUAUAGUGGGAAUGCUUAGUCGCAUAUGAGUCAUAUGAUAUCUUUCUAUCAGUUAUUUCUAGGCGUAGAGUCCAAAUUUGGUUUAUCCACAGAAGUGAAUUCAGCUUACAGCUGGAGUAAUUGUUUUGAUUUUUUUAUUUAAAACUUUUUAUUUACUUGACUUCUUAUAUGCUCAAAAGUAAACAGUAGAUGAUUACUGUGUCUUCGCAUAAGUGAAAUUUGUUCUUGCACAGGUAAGUUGCACCUUCUUGUCUACAAUGCAAAUAAAUAUCUCCUCAUUUAAUUUCUAAUCUAGAAAUCUUUAUUUGAUCUAGGAUCUCAUUCCAUUGACAGUAAAUGAUAUACUGUAAUAGUUAGUGAGUCUCUCUCUCUCUACCUUGCGGCAAGCACAGCGACCUUCAUCUUCUUCUCAAAAAAUAAGGGCUGCCUUCAUUUUUUUCCCCACUAUUCAGUUUAGAUAUAUGCUUUUUUUCUAUAGUUUGUAGUGUUUGCUUAACAGUUCAUGAAUGCUGUGUCAUGACAUGGAAUGUCUGUUGGAGAAUGCAGAGCUGCCUGUGCCAGAGUAUAUUCUCUCGUGCAAUGUUAUUUCUGAAUUCUGAUAAAACUGUUUGCACUCAAGUUGUUGCUCAACACACGCAUCUAAUUUUAUUGAAUUAUUGUAUACCAAAAACUGACAGAAUUUUUUUUUCUUCUCAUCCUCUCGUCUCUUCCCAUCCCCUUCCACCCUUCUCCUCCUCCACCAUUUUCCCCAUCUCCCAGCCAUGGCUGUCCAUAGCCCAGGAGGGCCCCUCUAAACCCAGAGGCAACUCUGGUGGCUGCAUGGCCCCUGGCCAUGGUUAUUAUUAUUGUUUUGGUCAACAUGGUUGUUAUUAUUAUUAUUAUUAUUGAACACAAUCUACAUUAACUAUUUAAAAAUUGAAACAAUUGACACCAUAGUAGGGAUGAAAGAUCGCAUCAUUUUGAUUUCAUGUUCUUUCCUGCUUGUCAGUUUUACAUAAAUGUUUAAUUUUUUCCAUACUGGAUACUAUUUUUUCACAAUUGAUAAAUGUCCGUAACACAUAACAUGACUGCAGGAGAAUGCGAAGCCACAUGUAAACGACUUAUAAGAACUGAAGCCAAGUCUUGUAGAAAUUUAUUAGAAAGAGUAGCGACCUUUUACUCCGGAAAGUUUUGGUUUUUAUUAUGUAGUUCAUUCUUUUCUGUUCUUAACAAUGUAACUGGUGAUGACACUCGUCUAUGGCCAGGGUGCUUAUCUGUGUAAACCCCGAUUGUUACAUUGAGUAUACUGUGUAUUCUUUGGUAACUUCUCAAAUAAAUUACUAGGCAUUUGGCAUAA